CUUGCCUAUAAGCCCCUAUGCCUUUCCGUAAUGGAGGGAAUUGAAAUGUAUCAUCAUGCAUAUCUAGACAACGGUGCAUCCCUUACUGAAGAGCAGCUCAAGGGGAAAUCGCAAAGGUGGCAGCAGCUGGCGUCGACCAAGUAUGGGGAGCGCAGAAAGUUUGGCUUUUUCGACUCUCAGAAGGAGGAGAUGCCUCCUGAGCACGUCAGGAAGUUAAUCAAGGAGCACGGCGACAUGAGCAACCGAAAGUUCAGAGCAGACAAGCGCGUGUAUUUGGGGGCCUUGAAGUAUGUGCCUCACGCCGUUCUUAAGCUGUUGGAAAACAUACCUAUGCCUUGGGAGAAUAUUCGCUACGUGAAGGUGCUGUAUCACAUUACGGGCGCCAUAACGUUUGUCAAUGAGAUACCGAAGGUUAUUGAGCCCGUAUUCAUUGCGCAAUGGGGGUCCAUGUGGGUCAUGAUGCGUCGCGAGAAGCGCGAUCGUCGUCAUUUCAAGAGGAUGCGAUUUCCGCCGUUCGACGACGACGAGCCGGUUCUGGAUUACGGAGACAACAUACUGGACGUCGACCCGCCUAGUCCUAUUGCCAUGGACAUGGACGAGGAGGAGGACUCGGCCGUUGCGGACUGGUUCUACGAUUCCAAGCCGCUGAUCAAGACGAAGCACGUGAACGGUCCUUCUUAUCGGUCGUGGAGGCUCAACAUUCCCAUUAUGUCCAAUCUGUUUCGAUUUAGUCACCAGCUGCUCAGUGAUAUCGUAGACAGGAACUAUUUUUACCUGUUCGACGACAAGGCUCUGUUCACGGCCAAGGCUUUGAAUUUGGCCAUUCCCGGGGGUCCGAAGUUCGAGCCGCUGUUCAACGACAUGGAGACCAACGACGAGGACUGGAAUGAGUUCAAUGACAUCAACAAGUUGAUUAUCCGCAACCAGAUACGUACCGAAUACAAGGUGGCAUUUCCCUACCUCUACAACGAUCGUCCCAGACAGGUCUACCUCAUCCAUUACCACUAUCCGGUGAACUGCUACAUUAUUCCGAAUCAGCCGGACCUGCCGGCUUUUUAUUUCGACCCGCUGCUCAACCCGAUUUCGUCGCGUCGCAUCAACGAGGACCUGAAUGCGCUAGAGCUCGAGAUCAAUCCCCCUCGCCCUCAGGACGAGGUGGACGAAAUGGCUCGGGAAUUUGCGGCGGAGCUGAGCGAGUUCGCGUUCAGCCUACCGGAGAAAAUUCAGCCAUUUCUGCACAACUUAGAGCUAGAGGGCGACUACACGGCGGCAGGCAUCGCGCUCUACUGGUCGCCCAGGCCAUUCAACCUGCUGUCCGGUCGCACGCGCCGCGCGGUGGACGUGCCGCUGGUGAAGUCCUGGUUCCAAGAGCACUGCCCGCAAGACAAUCCUGUCAAGGUUCGCGUCAGCUACCAAAAACUGCUCAAGGGGUACAUUCUCUCGAAGAUACACAGCAAGCGGCCAAAAACCCAGAGCAAGCGCAGCCUGUUCAAGGUGUUCGCGCGCACGAAGUACUUUCAGGCCACCGAGCUCGACUGGGUGGAGGCCGGUCUGCAAGUAUGUCGUCAGGGGUACAACAUGCUGAAUUUGUUGAUACACAGAAAGAAUCUCGACUACUUGCACUUGGACUACAACUUCGUGUUGAAGCCGACCAGGACGCUGACGACCAAGGAGCGCAAGAAGUCUCGGUUCGGCAAUGCGUUUCACCUGCUGCGCGAGAUUCUGAGGCUGACCAAGUUCGUCGUCGACGCGCACGUCCAAUUCAGGCUGAACCGCAUCGAGGCCUUCCAACUGGCAGACGGACUGCAGUACUGCUUUUCCCACGUCGGCCUGCUGACCGGCAUGUACCGCUUCAAGUACAGGCUCAUGCGGCAGAUCAGGGCGUGCAAGGACCUCAAGCACCUCAUCUACUACCGAUUCAACACCGGGCCGGUCGGGAAGGGUCCGGGCGUCGGGUUCUGGGCCCCGUGUUGGCGUGUGUGGAUGUUCUUUUUGCGCGGAAUUGUACCGCUUUUGGAGCGUUGGCUCGGCAACCUCUUGGCUCGGCACUUCGAAGGCCGAAAAUCGAGGGGCCUCGCCAAAACGCUGACCAAGCAACGAGUCGAGUCCCACUACGACGUCGAACUGCGCCAUUCCGUCCUCAAGGACAUUUUGGACAUGAUGCCGGAGGGCCUUCGCAAGAGCAAGGCCAAGGUCAUCAUGCAACACUUGUCCGAGGCAUGGCGGUGCUACAAGAGCAAUACGCCCUGGAAGGUGCCCGGGCUGCCCCUCCCGGUUGAAAACAUGAUCGUUCGCUACGUCAAGGCGAAAGCCGACUGGUGGGCGAACGUCGCUCACUACAACCGCGAGCGCAUUCGCCGCGGCGCGACGGUGGACAAAACGGUGGUCAAGAAGAACUUGGGUCGUCUGACUCGCCUCUGGCUCAAGGCGGAGCAAGAGCGCCAGUACAAUUACCUCAAAGACGGACCCUACAUCACAGGCGAAGAAGCUGUCGCCAUAUACACGCUCACAGUUCAUUGGCUAGAGUCGAGGAGCUUCGCCUUCAUUCCUAUCCCGCCCGCCUCCUACAAGCACGAUACCAAGUUGCUCCUCAUUUGUCUGGAGCGCCUGAAGGAGUCCUACUCGGUCAUGAGCCGCCUGAACGAGUCUCAGCGCGAAGAGCUUUCCUGGAUCGAGCACGCGUACGACAAUCCUCACAUUGCGCUCGCCCGCAUCAAGCGCCACCUGUUGCAACAGCGCGCCUUCAAGGAGACGGAGAUUUACUUCAUGGACCUGUUUUCGCACAUGUUUCCCGUUUACGCUAUCGACCCGCUGGAAAAAAUUACGGACGCUUACUUGGACCAGUACCUCUGGUACGAGGCCGACCGCCGCCGGUUCUUCCCGAACUGGGUCAAGCCCGCGGACUGGGAGCCUCCCCCACUCCUGACGUACAAGUGGUGUCAGGGCAUCAACAACUUGAAGGACAUCUGGGAAACCAAGAACGGGGAGUGCGUUGUGUUGUUGCAGUCUCAGUUCGAGAACAUGUACGAGAAAAUUGACUUGACGUUGCUCAACCGCCUGUUGGGGCUGGUGGUGGAUCCCAUUCUCGCGGACUAUAUGACGGCGAAGUCGAACGUCGUUGUGUCGUACAAGGACAUGCAGCACACGAACAGCUACGGGAUCAUUCGCGGCCUUCAGUUUUCGUCCUUCAUCACCCAGUACUGGGGUCUGAUUCUCGACCUCGUGAUGCUAGGCUUGCCUCGCGCGGCGGAUCUGGCGGGGCCCCCUAAGCGCCCGAACGACUACUUGACCUACGCCGACGAGGCGACCGAGCUGAGGUCGCCCAUUCGGCUCUACACACGGUACAUUGACAAGUUUUGGAUUGUGUUUCGCUUUACGCACGACGAGGCCAAGGAGAUGAUUCAGCGCUACCUCACCGAGCAGCCGGACCCGAACAACGAGAACAUCGUGGGGUACAACAACAAGAAGUGCUGGCCCCGGGACGCGCGCAUGCGGUUGCUGAAGCACGACGUCAGCCUGGGCAGGGCGGUCUUUUGGGACAUCAAGAACCGGCUGCCCCGCGCCUUGACGACGUUGGAGUGGGAGAAUUCGUUUGUGAGCGUGUAUUCCUCGAACAACCCGAACUUGUUGUUCGAGAUGUGCGGUUUCGAGGUGAGGAUUUUGCCGAAGAUUCGAGCGGUGAACGAGGAGUUCCUGAUGCGCGACGGGGUGUGGAGUUUGCAGAACGAGCAGACGAAGGAGCGCACGGCCCAGGCGUUUUUGAGGGUGUCGCAGGUGGGGAUAGACCGGUUUGAGAACAAGGUUCGUCAGCUGUUGAUGACGAGCGGCAGUACGACUUUUGCCAAGGUGGCGAACAAGUGGAACACGUUGUUGGUUGGGCUCAUGACCUAUUACCGAGAGGCGGUGAUCAACACGCCCGAGUUGUUGGACAUUUUGGUUCGGUCGGAGUCGCGCGUGCAGACGAGGGUCAAGAUUGGGCUGAAUUCGAAGAUGCCGUCUCGUUUUCCGCCGGUGGUGUUUUACACGCCCAAGGAGUUUGGCGGGCUCGGCAUGCUGAGCAUGGGUCACAUUUUGAUACCUGCGAGCGAUUUGGCCUACAGCAAGCUCACCGAUCAGGGGGCGACGCACUUCAGGUCGGGCAUGUCGCACGAGGAGGGGCAGCUGAUACCCAACUUGUACCGGUACAUUCAGCCGUGGGAGCAAGAGUUCCAGGACUCGGCUCGAGUCUGGGCGGAGUACGCGGAGAAGAGGAAGGAGGCGCUUCAGGAGAACCGGCGCCUGUCCUACUUGGACCUGAUGGACACGUGGGACAAGGGGAUACCGCGACUGAACACCCUGUUCCAGAAGGACCGCCACACGUUGGCGUACGACAAGGGGUGGAGGAUACGAAACGAGUUCAAGGCGUUUCAAAUUUUGAAGUCGAAUCCGUUUUGGUGGACGAGUUCGCGCCACGACGGGAAGCUCCACUCGCUGAUCAAUUACAAGACGGACAUGAUUCAGGCGCUGGGCGGCGUGGAGGGCAUUUUGGAGCACACGCUGUUCAAGGGGACGGGGUUUCCGACGUGGGAGGGGUUGUUUUGGGAGAAGGCGUCUGGAUUUGAGGAGAGCAUGAAGUUCAAGAAGCUGACCAACGCGCAGCGGUCGGGUUUGAACCAGAUACCGAAUCGUCGCUUCACGUUGUGGUGGUCUCCGACGAUAAACCGAGCGGAUGUGUACAUAGGGUUUCAGGUGCAGCUGGACUUGACGGGGAUUUUGAUGCACGGGAAGAUUCCGACGCUGAAGAUUUCGCUGAUUCAGAUUUUCAGGGCGCAUUUGUGGCAGAAGAUACACGAGUCGGUGGUGAUGGACCUGCUGCAGGUGUUCGACCAGGAGUUGGAGGCGCUGGAGAUUGACACGGUGCAGAAGGAGAUCAUUCACCCCCGGAAGUCGUACAAGAUGAACAGUUCUUGCGCGGAUAUUUUGUUGUUUUCGUCGUUUAAGUGGCAGAUUUCGAAGCCCUCGCUGAUAACGGAGUCGAACGACACGUUUGACUACACGACGAACACGAAGUACUGGGUCGACGUGCAGCUGCGCUGGGGCGACUUCGACUCGCACAACAUCGAGCGGUACGCGAGGACGAAGUUUUUGGAGUACACGGCGGACACGCACAUGUAUCCGUCGGCGACGGGCACGAUCAUCGCGAUAGACCUGGCGUACAACAUCUAUUCGGCGUACGGGAACUGGUUCCCGGGGUCGAAGCCGCUGAUCGCGCAGGCGAUGACCAAGAUCAUGAAGGCGAAUCCGGCGCUGUACGUGUUGAGGGAGCGCAUCAGAAAGGCGCUCCAGUUGUACUCGUCGGAGCCCACGGAGCCCUAUUUGAAUUCUCAGAACUACGGCGAGUUGUUCAGCAACCAGAUCAUUUGGUUCGUGGACGACACGAACGUGUACCGCGUGACGGUUCACAAGACGUUCGAGGGCAACCUGCCCACGCGUCCCAUCAACGGGGCGAUAUUCAUCUUCAACCCGAGGACGGGACAGCUGUUUUUGAAGAUCAUACACACGUCGGUGUGGUCUGGUCAGAAGCGGUUGGGCCAGUUGGCGAAGUGGAAGACGGCGGAGGAGGUGGCGUCUUUGAUUCGGUCGUUGCCGCUGGAGGAGCAGCCGAAGCAGAUCAUCGUUACGAGGAAGGGGAUGCUGGACCCGCUGGAGGUUCAUUUGGUUGAUUUUCCGAACAUUGUGAUCAAGGGGAGCGAUUUGCUGCUUCCGUUCCAGGCGGCGAUGAAGAUUGAGAAGUUGGGCGACAUGAUUUUGAACGCUCGGGAGUCUCAGAUGGUUUUGUUCACGCUGUACGACGACUGGCUGACCACGAUUUCGUCUUACACGGCGUUUUCUCGCCUGCUGCUGAUUCUGCGCGCGCUGGCGGUGAACCCGGACCACGCGAAGCUGAUAUUGCGCCCGCACUCGAACGUCGUGGUGCAGGCGUAUCACUUGUGGCCCACGUUCACCGACCAGGAGUGGAUUCGCGCGGAGACCGCGCUGAAGAACUUGAUCUUGGCGGACUACGGCAAGAAGAACAACGUGAACGUGAACUCGUUGACGCAGAGCGAGAUUCGAGACCUUAUUUUGGGGGCCGAGAUUACGCCGCCGAGCGAGGCGCGAAGCCAGAUGGCGGAGAUCGAGAAGCAGGAGGCGGAGGCGUCUCACCUGACCACCAAGGCGGUGAGGUCGAUAAACGCGCACGGGGACGAGAUGGUCGUGGUCGCGCUGUCUCCUCACGAGAGCAAGAUUUUCAACAGCAAGACCGACUGGCGCGUGCGCGCGAUAUCCAGUUCGAACCUGCACCUGAGGACCAACAACAUCUACGUAGUGAGCGACAACGUCAAGGAGGACGGGUACACUUACAUUAUUCCCAAGAACGUCUUGAAGAAGUUUGUGCAAAUUGCCGAUCUGCGCACACAAAUCGCUGGGUAUUUGUAUGGCGUUUCACCGGUCAACAACCCGUACGUCAAGGAGAUUCGGUGCGUCGUGAUGCCGCCCCAGUGGGGCACGCAUUCCUACGUGCAGUUGCCGAACCAGCUCCCGGAGCACCAGUACCUGUCUGAGAUGGAGCCGCUCGGGUGGAUCCACACGCAGCCCAGCGAGGCUGGCCAGGUGACCUCGAGGCUGAUGCCGACCGACCUGAUCAUACACUCUCGGAUUUUGAGCGAGCACAAGACGUGGGACGGGGAGAAGACCAUCGUCAUUACGUGCAGCUUUACGCCGGGUUCCGUGACGCUUACGGCGUACAAGCUGACACCGGCUGGAUUUCAGUGGGGGAGGAAGAAUCCGGAUUUGGACCAGCAGUUCCAGGGGUAUCAGUCGUCGUUUUACGAGAAGGUGCAGUUGCUUCUUUCGGACCGGUUCAUGGGUUGUUACUUCGUGCCCGACCAGGGGUCCUGGAAUUACAAUUUCAUGGGCGUGAAGCUCAGCGCGUCUCACCGCUACGGCAUCAAGCUCGGCAUUCCGAAGGAGUUCUACAACGAGUGUCACAGGCCCGGGCAUUUUGCGCAGUUUUACGAGAUGGAGGAGGAGGAGGGGGGGAUAAAGGGUCAGGACGAUGGUCUCGAAGUGGACCGCGAAGACAUUUACAAUUGAGCGGCGGGUGGCUGGCGGUUUUCCCGAGAUUCUAUCUCGUUUCAGUGUUCUUUCCCGCCCUUUUUUGCGAGAUUUGCUGGACGGCCGUUGGGCGAGGCGCGGCGUGCGCGUGGAAUUUUUACUUAUCAAUAGAGUGAGGUGCGUGCCUCUCCAGAUUUACAAGGCGGGUCGUUUCCGGUUUUUUCGCGCGAGAGCGUUGGAGAGGGAGGGACUUGGCC